AUAGCUUGGUGCAUAAACAGUAGUAAGAAUAUAUGUUUUGUUAAUAUGCCGAAAGGAGUGGAUUUGGGUGGUUUUCCUUUUUUUCUGUUGUGGGGCUGUAUUGCAGUUGUAGUAAUAUAGGGAGGAGUUGAAGACUGCAGUCUCUUUCAACAAUGUCGGCUGUUUCUGUGGAGGUGCGGCGGCUGUUGCCAUGGCAGCACAGUUAGCAAACUCGUCGGGCUAGCAGUCCUCGAUAAAAUGUUGUUGAUAUAAAUAUAUACAAAAAUAAUAGUAAAAAUAUAGAUAUUAAGAAGCAAACGUUUUGGGAAAUGUAGAAAACAAUUAUCGCAGUCUUCAAUGUUGAAUAAUAUUUUCGGGAGUGACGCAUAAGUAUAUCCGAAUCGAAAAAGUAGUCUGUUGUUUGGUAUCUCUCCAGCCUGAGGCAUGUUACAGUCCCAACCUGGUACUGCUGUUGCUAGGAUAAUACAAAGUAGCUCUGUUGUGUUGUGACGGCUGUGGUUUAAAAUGUAUAAAGUAAAUAUAGUUCUGGUAAAUGGUGUAUAAACCUCUUUCAAACACUAUGGGGACUUUUGAAACUGCAGUGGCUGUUUAUUGUGAAGCCGAAGACGAUGACGAAGAAGAGGAGUACUAUGAAUUUGAACCCCUACCUACGUUGUUAGAAGAUGAGGAGAAUGUGUCCCUUGCAGAUAUCCUGUCACUGCGGGAUAGAUGCCUAUUGGAGCAGGAUAUCUGGGCUGUCUGCCUGGAGUGUGCCCACUCCUUGAAGAGUAUCUCCCACUCACCGCUUUUCCACACACUCUGCAUUACCCCCGAUACUUUGGCCUUUAAUGCAAACGGAAACGUGUGCUUCAUGGAACAGCUCAGUGAUGAUCCAGAGGGCGCUUUUGUGCCUCCUGAGUUUGACCGAACAGGAAACACCUUUGAGGCACACAUCUAUUCUCUGGGUUCAACCUUAACAGCAGCUAUUGAAUAUGUCAUAGAGCCUGAACUGGAGCCUGAGCUGAGUCAAGAGCUGAAGAUGAUUUUGGAACAGAUGCAGCUAGAGAAACCUGAGGAUAGACCAGAUAUUGAGACUGUUAUUAGGCUUGGUGAAGGAAAUACAAAAUGUGCCUCAGCAGCUAUUUGUCGUAAACUCUCUGCCAUAGGACGAAGAGUGUUAUCAAUUGAAUCAGUUGCUACUUUUCAAGAUGGUUGUGAAAGUCCAUGGAAGGUAAAAGAGCGGCAGGCAGGUGUGGGACGUGAACUGCAAGAUUAUGAACGUAAUCCAGCAGAUGGAUCUUCUAGCACUGAGGAUCUGGUAUUUGACCCUAAUUUAUUGAAGAAUCAGAUUGCAAAUGUGGUUGAAAGAGAGGGAAAAUGUAUGCAAGAUUUAAUGGGGUCUGUGAAAAAAGACUCCACAGUGCAGAACUCAGUUGAAGAGAGAAAAGAAAAUGAGAAACAGUCUCUAUGUAAUGAGGAUCGAGAUACUUUGAAUCUUCAAUCAGAGCUUGAUACCACAUCCAUAGAGCCAAAGAAAAUGUCUCCAGCCAUGAACCUAAAAUUAGCAAAACUAUCAAAGAAAAAAGACUGUCCUCGAGUUGAAUCAAGUACACCUACAGAACAAACCGCUUCAUCACUUUCAGACUUUAACAAAGGUGUAAUCUCUGUGCAAGAUACCACUAGUUUAAAUCCUAUCAAGCAGACAGAAUCUGGGAGGAUAGCGACUAUACUGAAUCAUUCUAAUUCCUAUCAGAGUACUCUUCCUUUUCUUCCAUUUAAAGCCAGCAGAACUGUGUCUGUAACAGACCUUUCUGAAAUAUUGCCAGAAGAAAAAACUGUUCAUGUUCCUAGUCUUGAAAUAUUAACAGAUGACAGCAGCAGAAGUUAUACAAACCCCUCUGAGCCUUUGCUUCCCCAAGAAGAGAUGCACUUUGAAACAACUGAAUCCUCAGGAUAUUUGCCAGUGAAUAACAAAACCACCUCUUCUCCCGUUGAGGUGGAAAACUUUACAUCACCUGUUCACUGCGUCCAAAGCCCCAUUGAACCAAACAAAAAUGCUGUAUCUAGCCCAGACACCAAACCUGUAUUUGGAAACAGUAACUUGAAUCAUAAACAAACCCAAAUCAAGUCUUCAAAUGAAAGUUGGAUAAAUAACAACAUAUACCAAACUGAAGACAACCACAUGAAGAAAAGUAUGCUUUGUCUUAAUGAAGAAACUCAGGAUGAAGCACACAUCUAUUCUCUGGGUUCAACCUUAACAGCAGCUAUUGAAUAUGUCAUAGAGCCUGAACUGGAGCCUGAGCUGAGUCAAGAGCUGAAGAUGAUUUUGGAACAGAUGCAGCUAGAGAAACCUGAGGAUAGACCAGAUAUUGAGACUGUUAUUAGGCUUGGUGAAGGAAAUACAAAAUGUGCCUCAGCAGCUAUUUGUCGUAAACUCUCUGCCAUAGGACGAAGAGUGUUAUCAAUUGAAUCAGUUGCUACUUUUCAAGAUGGUUGUGAAAGUCCAUGGAAGGUAAAAGAGCGGCAGGCAGGUGUGGGACGUGAACUGCAAGAUUAUGAACGUAAUCCAGCAGAUGGAUCUUCUAGCACUGAGGAUCUGGUAUUUGACCCUAAUUUAUUGAAGAAUCAGAUUGCAAAUGUGGUUGAAAGAGAGGGAAAAUGUAUGCAAGAUUUAAUGGGGUCUGUGAAAAAAGACUCCACAGUGCAGAACUCAGUUGAAGAGAGAAAAGAAAAUGAGAAACAGUCUCUAUGUAAUGAGGAUCGAGAUACUUUGAAUCUUCAAUCAGAGCUUGAUACCACAUCCAUAGAGCCAAAGAAAAUGUCUCCAGCCAUGAACCUAAAAUUAGCAAAACUAUCAAAGAAAAAAGACUGUCCUCGAGUUGAAUCAAGUACACCUACAGAACAAACCGCUUCAUCACUUUCAGACUUUAACAAAGGUGUAAUCUCUGUGCAAGAUACCACUAGUUUAAAUCCUAUCAAGCAGACAGAAUCUGGGAGGAUAGCGACUAUACUGAAUCAUUCUAAUUCCUAUCAGAGUACUCUUCCUUUUCUUCCAUUUAAAGCCAGCAGAACUGUGUCUGUAACAGACCUUUCUGAAAUAUUGCCAGAAGAAAAAACUGUUCAUGUUCCUAGUCUUGAAAUAUUAACAGAUGACAGCAGCAGAAGUUAUACAAACCCCUCUGAGCCUUUGCUUCCCCAAGAAGAGAUGCACUUUGAAACAACUGAAUCCUCAGGAUAUUUGCCAGUGAAUAACAAAACCACCUCUUCUCCCGUUGAGGUGGAAAACUUUACAUCACCUGUUCACUGCGUCCAAAGCCCCAUUGAACCAAACAAAAAUGCUGCAUCUAGCCCAGACACCAAACCUGUAUUUGGAAACAGUAACUUGAAUCAUAAACAAACCCAAAUCAAGUCUUCAAAUGAAAGUUGGAUAAAUAACAACAUAUACCAAACUGAAGACAACCACAUGAAGAAAAGUAUGCUUUGUCUUAAUGAAGAAACUCAGGAUGAAUGGAUAUCGCUAAAGGACCUUCUCUCUCGUUGUGGUAGACCAUUGUCAGUUAAUGAACUAUGGGCUCUGUGUCACAUAUGCCUUUACACUCUCCAGACCUACAUAGAUUUUCCAGCCUAUUUAUGCCUGGACUCAGUUUAUGUUGGUUGUGAUGGCGAACUCCUGUUUUUAACACCAAAAAACACAGGCACCUGUGAUUCAUUUUACUUGGCACCAGAAUUUCAAGAACACGGCAUUGUUACUGAAAAGGUUUGUGUAUAUGGUGUGGCAGCUAUUCUCUGGGCAGCAGCCAAGUUUAACUUUUCACCAAAUCAAAAGUUAGCAUUGCCAAGAAAGUUAAAGAGGCUGCUGCUUGAGAUGGCAAAAAGAACUCCCAUUGAGAGACCAUCUAUUGCUGCGGCACAGAAGACCUGCAGCGAUGAUCUGUUUCAUCAAGGGACCAAUGCCAAAAAGGUUUGGGUGGAGCUGAUCAACAAUAUUCACCAGACAUUCAAAGGGGACGAUGUAGUAAAACCUCAAGAAGCUGCUGAUAUUCGGCAUACUCCAAGUCAACAUGAAUCUUCAUGUUUCAAGACAGGAUUUGUGCCGAUCGCUGGUGAGAACAAGCUGACUGCUAUAAAGGGUCCAGUUCCUUGUCUGUAUUCUGUAAAUAGCUCUUCCAAUCUGCCUGAUGCCUUCAUGUCUACAGCAACCCACUUCAGACCUAUAAUCCUCACACAGAAUACAGAGACAGCAGGUACCAAAAAUGAAUAUAAAAGUUCUAGUGCCAAACAACAAGUGAAAGCCAUAAAAAAAGCAAUACUGGAAAAGAAAGGACUAGUACUUGUGAGUGACAUUGAAAAUGAUGUUAAUGAGAACGUGAUCAAAGAAAGACGGGAGAACUCGCAAAACAGCACUUUAAGACAACAACAAUGUUCCCCAUCUUCGAAGGAAAACACUUUGGUCAAUUCUGAAUCUUUUCCAGUUCUCCUAAACUCUGCUGGGUGCACGGAUGCUGAAAAAAAGAGUGUUCCAACUGCAACUAGUAGUUCAAGCUCUUCAACUGCUUCAGUAUUACCUAGUAGCCCCGUUGUUAAUAAUUUUUUUCUUAGACAGGAUCCAAAAACUGGACUAAUAAUGUUAUUACCUGUCCAAGUAGCCAUACCAGAGCAGUCCCCAGGCUUGGAAUUUAGCACAGAACCUGGGUCAAGUUCACACCAAAAGCGGUCUUCCCUUCUUGGAGAAACCAAGAACGUAGACCUGGUCGUGAUGUCUGCCAACCCAAAGAGCAAUCUUUGUGAGACCUCUGAUGGCAGUGGUCAUUUAAUUACCCCGGUGAAUCACUACCAUACUCUCAAAGAAAACGCAGCUGAUGUUGAAAGGGCUACGACUUCCCCACCCAUCUCUUCUGUAACUCAGGACAUUCCAGAAAUACUCUCAAAAGGUCACACUGGCAAAAGUGAAGCUAGGCCAGUCGAAAUUGUGGAUUCUUUUGUAGCUUCUUGUGGAGAUGUAACAGUGACACAUCCAUUUGGUUCAAGUUUAUCUUUAGACCAAAGGAGCUCAUCCCUGCAGAAAGUGAUAUGUCUUAUUAAAGAGGAAUUUGCAUUUGAUGGAUACCUGGAAAAUGGAGUUGAAGAUCUUGCAAUGGGAGAGUACAUCCUCUCUCUAAAGGAACUUCAGUUUGGCACAUUUUGCAAUGCAGUAUCUGAGAAAUUCUGUGACCUGUACUGGGAUGAAAGAUUACUAGAGACACUGUACAAAGUCGUCAAUGGAAAGCAUCCUCAAACUUCUCGGAUCUGUUCCAAGUCUGUUAUUAGCUUUGACAGUUCUGCCCAGUUGGCCUCAAAGGUAAAGAAAAAGACAACUUCCCCUGUGAGCAGAAAGCAAAGAAAGUCUCAAGAUAUUUGUGAGAAGAGUCCCAUUGAUCUGCAGAGAAAUGUACCUCUGAACCAGAGACAGCUUCCCGGACACUUGCCGUCCCUACCAGCAACUGGAACCUUAUAUUUACCAAAUGAAAGGUGCACUGAGGAAGGAACACAGACCUCUGACAGUGCCAGUCCAGAUUUGAGUAAUAAUGCUUGUAAUAGCCUACCCAGACUUGAGCUGAAAACCAAGAUAGGAAACCAAGUCAGUCCCCUUGUUACAAGGCAGUCUGAAACAGAGCCAGAUAAGGAAUCCCUCCCUGAUACAGAGGUAGAAUUACCCUGGAAAGAUACAUUUGAUGAGAUGGACUUGAAAGAUCUUCAUCCAGAUAGCAAUGAUGAAAAUCCUAGAAAUCCUGAGCCCUCACCUCUGUCUGGAAAAGAGGAAUAUGUUUCCAGCACAGCUUGUACUUUAGGGGAAAAGGAUCAACUGAGUCUAGAUUAUACAGAGGAGAUUGAAGAUACUGAUUCUGUGAGCUCAGGAAGAAUGCCUGAAAAUAGCCGUUCUUCAUCCCCCUUUCAAACAUAUGUUCGAAAGUGCAAUCCAGGCUGGACUAGUGUGUUUUACGGGGCUGAUUGCUUUGGGGAAGAGGUUCUGAAUUACGUGAAGAAGCUUGGCAGGAGAAAUGAGGCACAGUGCAUGGAUGUUAAAAUGUUGAAGUCUGUCAUAGAACAAGACCUUAACCAGGAGCUUCAGCAGCAGCUGAUGAUAGAGACAAAGAAUCUGAAAAAGACCAGAACAUUCUACCAAAAACUCUUGCACCAAGAUAGACGAAACAAAGGUUCGGAAGCCAAAAUCAUGUUACCGAAACUGAAAGGCCAAUUGGAAGAAAUGAGAUCCAAAGUAGAAUUUCUGGAAUUAAUUAAAAAAUACCUGGAGAUUUUGUGUAUGGAGCAGUGGGGUCUGGAUACCUCCCUCCUCCCUUCCCUGGCAAACUCUGGAUCAGGGGCUGCAAUUCUGAAUCCUGAAGACAACUCACUGCUAACUUUCCAAUCAGUGAAAGUAAGCGGGAAAAUCAGCCAAAACAAAACAAGAAUGCUACAGGCGGGAACACCACUUGGACUUAUGUGCUACCUUUAUGCUAGGUAUGCAGUUCUGGAUGGUUACAUGCACCAGUUCCUUUACACAUUUCGUUAUUUCUGUACACCAAAGGAGUUUCUUCAGUUUUUGAUUGAUACAUUGAACAGUGCAGUCAGCUCAAAUCAAGGGUACUCAUCUGAUUGCUCAAAGGUAUACAACCGCACAUUAGAUCUAGUGCAAGCAUGGGUUGAAGAUUGCUACCAAGUGGACUUUGUGCCUGAUUCCAGUCUCUUAAACACGCUGGAAGAUUUCAUUUCAGCUAAGGUCAUUCCAUUGGACAAUCGAGGUGAGCAUUUACUAGCAUUGCUACACAGUGCCCCUAAGAAAAAGAGGUCCCACAGUGAACCAAGUGAAGAUGACACAAAGUCAGUUCAUUCCUUGUGUCGAAAAAUAUCAACUGAGGACACUUCUAGAAAGAGUUUUCACUUGAGAGUAUCUAAAGGGGGAGAAGCAAUUAGUCCAGUGCAGAAAGAACAGUAUUCUAUUGCAGCAGCCUUACCCAGACCCUGUUACUCUUCCCUCAUUGACGAGCUCUCAAGUUCAUGUCUGAGAACAGAAGAAAAGUAUCCAUUAUUUCAAAGUGAAUAUAGCACACAACAAAUUGUGCACCAGCUUACUUUGCUUCAGCAGGAAAUGUUUCAAGAAUGCCAUCCGGUUCAUUUUCUUAAUUCAAGAGCACUUGGUGUUAAAGACAAAACACUACAUAUUACAAAAACUUUUGGUCAGGACACUUUUCCACUAGAGGGCAGCAGUCUCUUUGCUUCAGAAUCUUCACAAGACAGAUACCUGCUGCAGCUUCUGAGAUACGCAGACAAUGUCAGUAACUGGGUCUCUGCAGAAAUUGUCAUCUGUGAUACGCCAAAGGCACAGGCUGUAUUACUGUCAACAUUUCUCCAUACUGCAAAGCUUUGUUUCGAAUUAAGAAAUUUUGCCACAGCAAUGCAUAUCCUUUGUGGACUUGAAAACGUAAUAGUCAGACAGUUACCUGCAUGGAAGAACCUUUCUUCAAAAGUUUCUGAAAUCAUGGAGGAGCUGAAUGCUGUUCAGGUGUUCUUAAAAAGUGAUAAUCUCUGUUUAAUGGAAGGAGACAGAUUUAAAAAGCUACCAACCAUCCCUUCAGCUCACCUCCUGGCCAUGCAUGUUCAGCAGCUUGAAAUUGGUGCAUUGACAAUGGCAAAUGGUGCCUAUAAAUGGCCUAAACUCAGGAAUAUAGCAAAGGUAGUGAGCCAGGUUCAUGCCUUUCAAGAAAAUGUGUAUACAUUUGUUCCUGACUUGGAUCUGCAAGCUUACCUGAGACAUCGCAUUGCUCAUUUCAGCCAGACUGACAUUCCUCUUCUUGCUGCAGAGAACAACACUAAUUUUCAUCAGAUACCAACUGAGAAGCAUUCUCGGAAGAUUCACGACACAUUACGGAGAAUGAAGGCAACAUUUCAGUAACUUCCACUGUUGAAAGAUGUUUUGGAGAUAAUUUGCAUUUAAAGCUUAUCUGUGACUUGCAGACAGGGAGACAAUCCACAUUUUAAACCUACUAUACUUCUUGCUGUGUCUAAUUUACAUUUAAAUUGAAGUGCCAGCCCCUAUUCUAUAUUUAUGCCUGCAAUAUGACAUAUACCUAUCUGUGGUUUUAAGUGGCUUCUGUCGCCCCAUUACCUCCAUGUGGUCAUUGUUAUUUCUGUGGGGGUGGAGGCUAUAACGGUUCUACAGUCUUGUCCACUAGCCAGUCAGGUCAGCAAUGUGGGUAUAUAGACUAACGGCUCCUAAACAAAGAGAAACAAUGACAAAAUGUAUUUUCUUUCUGUUACCGCCCAAUGUUAUUUUUAUGUUUUUAUGUGUGUGUGUGUAUAUAUAUAUAUAUAUAUAUAUAUAUAUAUAUAUAUAUAUAUAUAUACACACACACAGUACUGUGUUAACUUAUUAGUGGCUUGCAUACAGAAUAAUAUAAUGUACAGUUAAUCAGUUAAUACAGUUUUAGAAAAUCACAAGCUUUCACUGUAAUCCUGUUCUCCACUCUAUUAAAAAAUAUAUAAAAAUCAUACUUCUGUUUUCAGCAUGUGCUAAAGUAGAAUGCGAGUCCACUACUUAUAAUGUCACUUUCCACUUUUUCUAACAGUACAUUAAAAAAAAAAAAAUACAACUAAUGUAACAGAAUUGCGAUAUAUAUAUAUGUAUGUGCAAACCAAUGAAAAACAUUCAAUUUAUAAAGCACGUUUUAUGUCCCGGAGACUUUGCUGUGUACAUUUUAAAUACCUUUACAGUUCUGAUAACAGCAGUCAUAUUUAAGGGUUGAAAGUUGACAUUGUAAAAUUGGGACCAAAAAUUAAGCCUGUCAAGUGUGAUGGGUUUUAAUUUAGGUGUUAAGGUCAGGGUUCAAGACUAAGGAAAUGUAUUCCUAGUUGUUUAUUCUAUUAAAAUAUUCUACAAAUUGAAAUAUGGAUAUGGUGAGUAUUUUAGUAUGAUAAAGAAAUGUUAACGAAACACAGCUUCGUAGGACCAUUGUAGUCUGUUUUAUAAUGUGAAAUAUAUUCUACUGUUUAUUUCACUAUGUGUAUAUUCUAAGGUAACUGAAUGCAUGCUUUGUUUGCAUAAUAUGAAAAAAAUGCACCAUGAGCAAAGAUGUAUGUAUUUUAUUCAACAUUAGUUAGUCAAAAUAAUCACUUAUGGUGGUGUUAAGGUAAUCCUAAGCAAUGGGAUCUAAAUCAUGGUUUUAAAACUACUUUUUGAAUGGAGAGUUAAUGAUGUAAUAAAAUGAAUAUUUAAUUCUA